AUGAGCAUCUACUAUGUACUGGGCAGAAAGCUGGGCACUGGGGACAUAGCAGAGAAUAAGGAAUCAGAAUCUCUGCCCUCACCAGGUUUGACGUUCCAGCAGAGGGAGUCAGCAAUAGACAAGCCACACCAACAUUCAGACGCCUCCCAGAGCCCUCUCCACCUGGAUAAACCAAUUCAGUUGCCCCCCAUUUCCCUCCAGGAUAGAAAAGGAGACCCUUCUGCCUGGAAUGCUCAGGGCCAAGAUCCAAGCCUAGAGCCACCCAGUUUAGAGCCCCAGUCAUCCUCGUGGGUGCCCCAUGACACAGGGGCGACCCAAGAACCCCUGAGAGUUUCCAGUGGUAACCUGGGCGACACCUGGAGCAGCAAGAGCGAUGUUAAGAGCACACGGCAGUCCAGCCUGGGCAAGUGCAGUGACCUCAGCAGGCUGAGCAGCGGGUAUGUGGGAGAUGAAAACAGCAAGGUCAGCUUGCUGGGCAGCGGUAGAAUCGUGAGGUUGAGUAAAAGGCUCCCCACUAAGGCAAGCAGCUCCAGGAGCAGCCAGCUGUGUGUCAGGUACUCUCCCAGCCAGUUAAGGAGCCAGCCAAGCAGCCAAGCUGACACCACCAAGCAGACUGGAGAAGAAAAGUGAGCCCAGCCUGCCGGGCAGCAAUGCCAGCAGCCUGACCAGCAUCAGUUUCU